AUGCUCACCAUAAGAAUCCCCAAAACCCUUCCCUUCAUACGCAUCCUCCCCAAGACACUCACCCCCCAACCAAAACUCCAACCACAAACACAUUUCCACCCCCUCCGCAUCUUCCACCGCCCAUUCCCCUUCAUCAGACUCUUCCACCACUCCCCCAAACUCACCAUCAACAACGUCAGAGCCGCCUCCGCAGCUGCUUCACAAAAUGCAAAAAACUACGAAAUCCCCGCCCGCCUCAUCAUCUACCACGCCGGCACCCCACGCAUAACCUUCCUCGCGCUCCUCAAGCUCACGACCCUCAUCCUAGCCGCCUUCUUCACCCUCCUCGUCCUCCCAAGCUACAUCAAAGCCGAAAAGCCGCUCAGCGACACCGCCGCCCUCACCCUCUGCGGCAUCAUCCCCAUGCUCUUCAUCGCGUACACCACCGCCCCGUUCGUCACACACAUGUACAUCCACCUGCCGGACGCGGCGCGCACGUCCCCCGCCGUGCUGAGGCGCUUCGUGGCCGCUAUGCCGGCUGGCACGCAGCUCACACUCACGACGAUGAGCUUCAUCGCCAAACCGAGGUAUAGUUCUAUGCGGGCGGGGGACUUGAGACCAGCGACGAGGGGUACGCGUAUGGGGUUGGUGAAUUAUGUGAGGGACACGGCAGGGGAGAAUGCGAGUAGGAAGUGGUACAUGUAUAGGGCUGUGGGGAGGUUUUAUAUCCAGGAGAAGGGGGUGGGUGCUGGGGAGAGGGUGCGGUAUCAGAAGAAGCAGAAGAUGGUGGUGGAUACGUGGAUUUGGGAUGCUGUCAAGGAGAGGAUUGCGAAGAGAGCAGCUUCCGGUUCGUCUUGA